UUGGAUAUAGUUUUUACGGACUUAACCGAGUUGGGAAUUAGCUGAAACCUCCAAGAUGCCGUCCAAGCCUGCCCCCAUCAAGAAGGCGGCUAAAAAAGAACCAGCCAAGAAGGAGGAGAAGGCUCCAGAGCCCGAACCUGCUCCUGAACCCGCUCCCGAGCCCGCACCAGAGGCUGCCCCCGCUGAGGCCGAGGCUGCACCUGCUGAGGCGGCGCCUGCCGAAGCCCCCGCUGAGGAGCCCAAACCCCCCACCCCUCCACCCGCAGAUGCUGAAGCUGCUGAAGCCGCACCAGAAGAGCCUAAAGCGCCCACGCCUCCACCUCCUCCACCCAAAGAGCCCACCAGCGCCCCAUUGGAUCUGUUCAUUGAGGAUAAGAACGACACUUCUGUGACCAUCAUCUGGAGCCAGCCUGAGGUCAUCGGAAUCACCGGCCUGGAUGGAUACGUCAUUGAAGUGGCAAAGGACGGAACUGAUGACUGGAAGGCAGUCAAUGAGGAUGUGCAGAAGUCAUGCCGUUACAUCAUCAAGAACCAGACCACUGGUGACCGCCUGAAGAUCCGUGUGGUGGCUGUGAACGCUGGAGGCCGCAGCCCCCCUGUGGCCCUCCCUGAGGCCGUCCUGGUGAAGGAGGUGGCAGAUCGUCCCAAGGUCCGCCUGCCCCGUUUCCUCAGGCAGAGAUAUGUUGCCAAUGUUGGAGAUAAGAUCAACCUGACCAUCCCCUUCACCGGCAAACCCAAACCUGUGGUCUCCUGGACAAAGAACGGUGGGGCCCUGGACACAAAGAGGGUGAACAUCCGCAGCACCGACAGAGACAGCAUCCUGUUCAUCCGCGCAGCUGAAAGGGAAGACUCCGGUGUUUACGAGAUUUGUGUGAAGGUAGACGACUUUGAGGACAAGGCUCAGCUCACCCUGCAGAUUGUUGAGCUGCCCGGACCUCCUGCCAGUGUGAAGGUAGCAGACGUCUGGGGCUUCAACGUGGCUCUGGAGUGGACCGCACCAAACGACAAUGGAAACACCGAAAUCACAGGAUACACAAUCCAGAAGGCUGACAAGAAGACUGGAGAUUGGUUCACUGUGCUGGAGCAUUACCACAGACUGAACGCCACCAUCUCUGACCUCAUCAUGGGCAACACCUACAAGUUCAGGGUGUUCUCUGAGAACAAGUGUGGAAUAAGCGAGAGCUGCACUAUUGCAAAGGAGGAGGCCAAGAUCCUGAAGACAGGUAUUGACUACAAACCUCCUGAUUACAAGGAACACGACUUCACUGAGGCGCCCAAGUUCACCACCUCUCUGAGCGACAGAUCCACCACCGUCGGCUACAGCACCAAGCUGCUGUGCUCCGUCAGAGGCUUCCCAAAGCCCAAGGUUCAGUGGAUGAAGAACCAGAUGAUUAUUGGAGAGGACCCCAAGUUCAGGCAGAUCUGCGUCCAGGGUAUCUGCUCUCUGGAGAUCCGUAAGCCUGGUAACUUUGACGGAGGUGUGUACUCCUGCAAAGCCAUUAACGAUCACGGAGAGGCAACUGUCAGCUGCAAGCUGGAGGUCAAACAGGCUGUAAUUCCAGAUGCAGACAAGAAAUAGGUCAACAUUCACAUUCUCACAGGAGCAGAAGGAAUGAGGCCUUAGCAGCAUAAGGAAGAUGCUGGAUUCCUGGAAGAACAUGUAUAUAUGGCUGGUGUCGACACUACCAAAGCGUUGUUGCCUGUGACCUCUUGCUGAGUGUUACCCUGUGUUAUGAUGAACAAUUGUUGUCGCUUUUUGCCUUUAUCAUUCACCACACAUGAUGAUUAUUAAGUCCAUAUCCAUGUCCAAACAAUCAGCUUUUUCCCAAACGAUUCUGUCCGUUACUAAAUUAUCGAAUGUUCCAGAUAUUGCUCCUCACCAGUGUAUCAUCUCCUCAGUUUGACUAGAAAUUCAUGACAUGUAUUUACUGUUCCUCAUAGGAGAACUCCAAGUAACAUCAAGUGUUUAUAUCAAUAAAUUAUUUAAUUUCUG